AUGUUCUGGCAACGCCGGCCGCUCUUCGACCCCCGCUCCAAUCCUGGCUACGAGCGGUGGGUCCACCCAGCGGUCAAGCGCCUGCCCGAGCCAGGGGGCUCGGCGGAGGUGGCCUUCUGCGACGGGGCGCCCCUGGAGCCCGGGGUCGACGGCCUGCAGCACGGGGAGGUGAGGCACCAGGCCGAGCUCGUCUACCCCCGGCUGGCGGCGGGCGGGCGGGUGGUGCCGCUGGAGGCGCUCAGGCCAGCUGGCGCCGCCAAGGUUGAGCCGUUUGUGCCCCCAUCGCAGAGUCCGUCGGCCUCCUACAGCAGAGAACAGCUCGAGGAGUGGGGGUACCCCAAGUACGACCCGAAGUUCGACGACCCGGAGUGGCUGAAGGAGCAGUUCCGCAAGGAGCGAGAGGACCCCAACGAGAACGCGAACUUCUGGCUGGACGCGUCUGACCCUGAAUAUUGGCAGAAUGUAGCCAGGCGGCCGUAUGCGAAGGCGCUGCUUCGCACCGAAGCGCACUGGAACUCCCGUAAGAAUCAAUGGCUGCAGCAGUUCGACACCAUUCAGGAGAUGAACGACUACCGUCACCAGGUGGCAGAGAAGCUCGAGGCAUGUCCGCUGGAGACGCAAAGGCUUCUGAUGCCCAUCAUGAAGUAUAGGAUCGUGGACGUCUACCUGGCGCAGCUCUGCCGGGAGUCCCACAUGAGCGGCUUGCCAUUCGAAGAUCUCGUCGACCGAGCAGAUCACAGGGCCACGCUCCGCGAGUUCCGCGAGACGAUCGACGCCGAGGGUGACGCGGGUGCCGAACACCUGUGGAAGUCAUUCGAUGCUCGGAACCAGCAGGUGCACCUCGACGAUGAGGCCAAGAGAGAGAAGGAGGCCAGGCUCAGUGGGGCCACUGCCGUCUCAGACUCCGAGGCCGUGGCGGACGCACUGAACUUCGGGCACAAGUGCAAGAAGGAUGGGCUGUUGGAGUGGAACAAGGGCAACGUCGAGGAGGCACUGGUCAGCUGGCGGCAGGGCACGGAGAUACUUUGGCGGAUCAAGGCGCCGCACACGCAGAAGGAGCUGAACAAGGAGAUCGACGAGAUCCAUUGUGCCCUGCUCAAGAACCAGGCCCAGGCGGCGAUCAAGCUGGGCCACUGGACGGAGGCAUUGGAGGCCGCCACGAGGGCUCUGCGAAUCGACGACCAGGACCACAAGGCAUGGUUCCGGAAGGCGUGCGCCUUGGAGGGCCUCGGCAGGGUGAGGGAGAUGCAGCCUUGCCUUGACAGCAUCGACCAGAUAGCCGUCGGCAGGCCAGACUGCGGCAGGAUCCAGAAGGACACCGCCGCGAAGCGCGAGAAGGUCCAGAGGAUCUUGGAGAAGGAGGAAGCCGAUCAGAAGCGCAUGCUUCUGCGGGGCUGCGAGAACUCGUUGUUCAGUGUCGAGCGGGAUGCCCAGGCGGCCGCGCCCGACACGCUCAAGGACGUGAAGGACCGGCCCCCGAGGAUAAGCGACAAGAUAGGCUUUGUCAAGGUGGACGAGCAGACGAGGAAGAGGCUGACCAGGGACGGUGCCGAAGACCUCCUUAAGGCGCUGUCCGAAGCCUACCUUGACCGCGGCUUCCGCAAGCAGGUCAAAAAGCUCGCAAUGGACGUGACUGACCAGGCAGAGUUCAUCGCCUACCUCAACAAGGUGGCCCUUGAGGUUCAGAAGCCGCUUCUGGAGAACUGGGGCUUCGAGGGCUCCCCGGUGGGUGUCCAGGAGAUGAAGCGGGCCGUCCUGGACCACGCGAAGGUCGACGGCGCCGUCAAGAAGCAGGCAGAGGAGACCCUCGCGGCGCUGUACGGCGAGUUCUACCACGUCUGCCGAGGCGCGUCGCUGGACCCGAAGGAUCGCGCCAAGCCGCCGCAGCGGGCGCCAGGCGGCGAGGAGGGCGCGGAGCACAGCGACGGCGACGGCGAGCUGAAGCUGCAGACCUUCACUGGCGAGGGCCAGGACGGCUGGUUCGUUGCGCCAGCUCACUGGACGGACCGUGUGACGAAGGGCUGGCGGGGCUGGGACCCAGCGCAGGCGGGCGAGCCCAGGAAGUCCGCCGCGACGGAGCGCCGGGAGGCGUGGGAUGCGUUGUCGAGGGCCAUGAAGGGCACCGACCCGUACCCGCUGCGCCAGGCGAUCGAGAGGGCGAUCGAGCUCAAGCUGUCGAGCGUGACCAUCAAGUCGGCGAAGAGGCGGCUCGCGGGCAUCGGGAGCGGCCGCUGGCUCAUCGGCCUCCCCGGAGAGGCCCAGGAGUUCCCGGAGGCCGCGCCGAAGGCGAAGGCGCGGGCGAAGGACGCCCACGAGCUCGCGCGCCUCGUGAGCCCAGAGCACUGGCUCAGGUACAGCGCGGCUGCUUUGCAGCGGACGCUGCGCCGCGACGCCAGCUUCGUGUGGUGCUCCAAGUGCCCUGGCGGAGGCUGGGUCGACCCGAAGCAGCCGACGUCCAAGUGCGGGUGGACCUGCCCCGAGUGCGACAACUCCUUUGUCUACUGCCCCUUCUGCCGACGAGAGCACGGCAGCAUCUCUUGCAAGCGUUUCCAGCAGCUGCGAGAAGAGGUCGCUGGCCGGAAGGACAAGAGGGACGACCAGUCCACAGCGGUGCCCGGGGAGGAGUUGCAGCGGAGCUGCGACGAGGGGUUCAGCAGCACUGAUGAUCCGAAUUUUGAGGUUGGACCAACUUUCAUCAAGCAUCGCUCAUCUUCUGUGCAGCGUGUCGAGGAGGCCGCAGCACCUGGGAAUUGCCGAAGCAGUUUGGCCGUGUGCAUUGUCGGUCAGCUUGCCCGCUUGGAAACAAAGUCGAAGCUGACCAACCUGUUUCAAUAUGUGGAGCAACAGAAGACGUAUGAACGCGUGCAUGCCUUCGUGGUUGCACAGACCGGCUCUGUUUUUAACGUCAGUUCCAAGACCGCCCAGGCUAAGGAUGACAAUGACACGUGCCACCAGAAUUUCCAUUCACCUUCCGAAGUCGAAGCGGUGCUCAGUCCGUUCUACCAGGCCGGUAUGUAUCUCAAGCCAGGGUACCAUAAAGACGUUACCCUCAAUCUGGAAAAUUGGCACAAAUAUGGUUCGGAGAAGGGGGAGAAAGAACGAACACCGCUACUGAGGGGUCAUCUAGCUCAGUGGACUCAUUUUUCCCAGUGCGCAGCAUUAAUCAAGGAACACGAGAAGUCCACAGGGUGCCAACACACGGCCGUCAUGAAGAUCAGAGACAACGGAAUAGUCACAAAGCCGAUGAGCACGUCAGUCGAGGGCAAAGUCAUCGUGAAAGAUUGCUUUAGCGGGUGGGGAGUGAACGACCGAUUCAUACUUGCGCCUCGUUGUUACUUGGACCAGGUCCUGGAAGCUCCUCUCGAUCUGGCCCUCGCCGUGAACAACGGCACGAAGUGGGCCGGCGAGCUGAUGCGCAGAAAGAAGGUCGUCAGCCCAGAGAUGCUGCUGUCCCGGAGCUGGAGGCUUGGGGACGUCCCGGUCCGCAAGACGAGUGGCAUUACAGACCAGGAGGACGUGCCCGACCUGGCAGUGAGGAGCACAGCUCCCCCAGCUGUGGCCGGUCGGCCUCACCGUCGUCGACGGCAAGUGCGCGGGCGCGCCCAAACGGGGCAGGGAGAGCACGAGUGGUGCCUGGUCCCCAACCGGGGACGGCACGCCAAGGACUGCCGCCCGAGGGGCGACCUGGGCUACGCGACGUGCGGGAGCAAGCACUGA